AUGAAAAAAUCAGGAAAAUGUCGGGCCUUGACUGGCUGGUGCGCUGCAAGUUUUCAACUGAAAGUCGACAUGCCAAAAUUGCCCGAUAUCACACCAAUGACUGUACUACCGCCUGGUAUACCUACAUGCGUGGGCACUAAUUUAGAUCUCAAUGCAUGCAUUAUGAAUGGACUAAAAGAGGUGAAACCACGUCUCAAGAAUGGCAUUCCUGAAUUAAGUAUACCACCCCUAGAUCCCUUGGUCAUAGCAAGUCGUAAGGUGGAAAUGAGCGACGAUUUCGCAAAAGGCUCCUUGAACGUACAGAACUUGAUUAUAAAGGGUAUAAGUGAGAUCACUGUGGAGAAUCUAAAUUUUGAAAUAUAUGACGAUCACGUGAAGUUGCAAUUGACUACAAAAUCGCCAAACAUUGAAAAACAAGGCACUUUCCAAGGAGAGUUGGCGGCAGAAAGUGUGAAUCUGCAAUCCGAGGGGCAGUUCUCUAGCAAAUUGACUGAUUUGCAGCUGGACAUCGAGGCAGAAGGUGAUCUCACAGAGCGUGAUGGUCAUAAAUACUUGCAUUUGAGGUCAUUCAAUGUUGUACCAGAAAUCGGUGAUUUGGAAUUCAAUGCCGACAAUUUAGUGUCAGAUGAAAGCUUAAAUUCAGUUAUUUUGGCCCUUAUAAACGCCAUUUGGCGUCCAUUCUACAAAUUACUGGUAAAAAAAACGCACUCAACUUGGGAACCCAUUGCUUUGUUCGUAGCUAAUGCAUAUUUGAAUGCUGUGCCAUUUGACUUGUUCAUUGAUACGCCUUAAAAAAAUGAG